AUGGGUCACGGUGGAAUGAGUUGUGGAAUGAAGACAAUGCGUUUUAUAAUUGUAGUUUUCAAUUUGAUCUUUUUUUUAAUUGGUCUCGCAUUAUUAGCACUUGGAAUUUAUGUUGUGGUUGAUCCAUCACUUAAAAAAAUAAAAGAAAUUCUACCAAUUAAUUCUAAUCCUGGAGUUGAAAAAGGUUUAUCAUAUCUUGAAGUUAUAGCAAUUGUUAUUAUUGUUCUUGGUUCUAUUCUUUUAAUUAUGGGAUUUCUUGGCUGUUGUGGUGCUAUGAAACAAGUGAAAAUAUUUUUAAUAAUUUAUGCUAUUAUUGUUGGAAUCAUAAUACUUUUUGAAAUAGCUAUAACAAUUUAUUUUGUUGCUUUUAAAUCAAAAUUUCGAGAAACUUUUACACCGAAAUUAAAAGAAGCUAUUCGAAAUACAUAUGAAGGUCCAUUUGGAUUACAAAGUAAUAGUGCUCUACCAAAACCAUCAGCAAUAUCAAUUGCUUGGGAUUUUAUUAUGUAUAAUUUUAAAUGUUGUGGUGUUGAUAGUAAAUUUGAUUUUAUUAACACAACAAAAUGGAACAAAACAAAUCCAUGGGCUUCAACUAUGGGAAAUGGUUAUAAAAACUUUACGUAUCCAAUAACAUGUUGUAAUAUUAGUAAUGUUUUUACAGAAGAUUGGAAUAAUUUACCUUUUGACAAAUUACAAUCUGUUGCUUAUUGUGCUGUCAAUGGAACUCAUAUAAAUGAAAUGGGAUGUUUUGAUAAAUUUUUGAAUUUAAUUGAUACUGCUAAGACAUGGAUUAUUGUAGGUGCUGUUAUUAUUCUUGUCAUUGAAUUAACUGCAUUCAUUGUUGCUUUGGCUUUAUGUUGUCGUACGAAAAAAGGUUCUAAGUACCGUCAAUAA